AUGCAUGAUUUACAGGUCUUACAAAAUAAGGCUGCCAAAGUUAUCCUUGAUUUGCCCAACUAUGCUUCAUCUACCAACGCUCUAAAAACACUUGGUUGGCCUACCUUAUUUCAAGAGCGCCUUGUACAUAGAUACAUUACCACUUUUAAGUACAUCCACGGACUUGUAGAUCACAGUUUUAAUAUUUUGAGAAACUCAGACAUCCAUAGUUAUAACACUAGAAGAGGGACUGAUUUCCGUCUUCCUCUCGCUAAAAGGAAUUACGAAAGCAGAGACGUUUUUAAUCAAUGCGCUAAGGAAUGGACAUUUUAG